CUUGACGUAAAUUCAAAUUGUGUGAAGCUUCUUAUAAUCAUAAAAACAUUUUUUAUCACCAUCCUACGAAAAGUAGACUGGACAAAAACCGACGAAUGAAAUAGCAUAAAUGAAAAUUGGUGAAAUAUUCGAAUCAGCUUUGUUUUACCAAUUGAACACUCGGAUUAUUAUGAAACACAGCUCAGAAAGCAAUUCAAUUGCGCAAUACAUCAGAAAUAAUGGAGUAAAGGGACUUUCUAUUUGAAUCAAAUUGUGCAAUUCGGUUGUACAAUUUGCAAGUAAAUGUUAUACAAGUUAUAGUUAUUACAUAUAUAGAGUCUCCAAAUAAAUAAAAAAAAUUUAUAAUGAAUAACAAGAUGCCCAAGCCGAGAAAACUUUAUCAGUUGGCAUCCAUUGAAUGGAUCAUCGUCACUAAUUAGCACUGAAUUGAAUUUCAUGUGUGCGCAUCACCGUUAAUGAAUCAGCCUUUUCAACAAACAUAAAAGCAUGAUUCGUAACAACAAAUUGAUUAUCAGACAGGUGACUUUGGUAGCGUUGAUAUACUGACUUUCUUUAAGUCGGAACGGACGUCCUCGGAAGUUAUGACUAGAAAAUCUUAUGAUACGAAGUUUAAGUCGGGUACAGCCGAGAAGGGCCAUACUAACAAUGGAUUCCUCCAAGAUACGGCACCGGACAACAUAGCCAAAGUGAACAAGCGCUCCACAAUUCUGCCUCCCUUAUCUGUUGAUAGGCCUCAUUAUUACCAGGAGGAUCUGAACAAUGAAAUGAACUACAGCAAACCGAAACGAAGAAUGAUCGAAAGGGUGAACAGUAGUGUUAAGGGGUGUAGUGCUAAGGAUUGUGUUAAAAGUGUGUUUCCGAUCGUCGGAUGGAUUGCGGACUAUUCAUGGAGACAGAACUUCUUGGCAGAUGUGAUCAGCGGCUGUACAGUGGCAGUGAUGCAAAUCCCUCAGGGCAUGGGUUACGCCAUGCUCGCCUAUGUUCCCCCGAUCGUAGGGCUCUACAUGGCAUUUUUUCCGGUGAUAAUUUAUUUCUUCUUUGGAACAUCCCGGCACAACUCGAUGGGAACUUUUUCCGUCAUUUCCCUCCUAGUAGGUAAGACUGUACUUGAAUAUUCCACGGCUGGUAUCGAGUCGUCGGACCGUUUAUUAGGAAAUGGAACCAUCAUGGGAUUGGGUGAAAAUCUUGGUAUCACCAGAGGACCAAUAGAGGUGGCGGCGACACUCUGUUUUGCCGUUGCGUUAUGGCAGAUUGUGUUCUAUCUGUGCCGAGUCGGAAUGUUAUCGUUUUUGCUCUCAGAUACAUUGAUAUCUGGAUUCAACACAGGCGCCGCAAUAUAUGUGUUCACGUCACAGGCCAACUUAGCGCUUGGGAUGCCGCUUCCUCCUAUUGUCGGUACAUUCAAAAUUGUUCGUACAUACUCUGCCAUAAUCACCGGGCUCGCUAAUGUCAACUAUGUCACUAUUUUUAUAUCUGCUUCUACAAUUUUAAUAUUGACUCUCAACAUACUUUUUCUGAAGCCAUGGGUAGCAAAAUACAGUGUUGUUCCGGUUCCAGUGGAGCUAAUAAUACUCAUCAUCGGAUCACUGCUGUCGACUUAUUACCGCUUGAAGGAUGAUUAUGGUGUGAAAAUCAUUGAACAUAUACCGACAGGACUUCCAGAGCCAAGCCCACCGGAUUUCGAACUGCUUCAAUCCAUCGUUUUAGACAGCUUCACGGUUGCAAUGGUCUCGUACGCCGUUUCCGUUUCCAUGGGAUCAAUUUUCGCUCAACGGGAGAAUUACGAGAUUGACUUUAACCAGGAGCUUCUAGCGAUGGGCACAAGCAACUUAUUCGGUUGUUUUUUCUCCUGCAUGCCGAUGUCCGCAUCGCUCUCGCGAUCUAUGGUCCAAUAUUUGGUGGGAGGAAGAACCCAAAUCGCUUCGAUAAUUUCUUGUAGUAUUCUGGUGGCAGUGUUGCUGUAUAUCGGUCCCUUCUUCGAGCCGUUACCGGUUGGUAUCCUAUCCGGAAUCAUCAUAGUAGCACUUCGCGGACCAUUGAUGCAGGUGACUCAAUUCAUCGAUUUCUGGCGACUAAGCAGCAUAGAUGCGAUAGUGUGGAUGGGAACCUUCCUCACUGUAGUGUUGGUCAGCAUCGAUGUCGGUUUGUUGGUGGGAGCUGGACUAAGCAUCUGCACUAUCUUCGUCCGUGGAAUGAAAUCCUACACCUGUCUAUUAGAAAAUGCUGCCAAUACCGAUCUUUAUCUGGAUAGUUCUCGGUAUAAGGGAACAAUUAGCACAUACGGAAUAAAGAUUUUCCACUACAGUGGCAGCUUGAACUUCGCCACUAGAUCUAACUACAAAUCUAGUCUGUUUGAGUUACUGGAUCUGGAUAUGGCACAGGAGCUCAAGCUAUUUAAGGAUGAUGAGUGUAAAAGACAAUUAGACCUCCGCUAUCUCGUGUUGGACUUUACACGUAUUAGCGAUAUUGACUCCUCGGCAGUUUCAUCGCUCAAAACGCUAAUCAACGAGUUUGAUAAACUCAAAGUCAAGAUACUCAUAGCGGGUGCUUCCUGUCCGGUUUAUGAAAUGAUGCAGAAGUGUACAUUAGUUGGCUCAACAGAGCGUGAAUAUUGCAGGGUUUAUCCAACCAUUCACGAUGCUGUAGUUUGGGCUAAAGAUCACAUUGUUCGAUAUCCAGGUAGAAUGAGUAUUGAGGGAACAAGAUUUUGAACAUAGCGUUAAUAAAUACUGACGUGAUUCUAUUCAAGCCUAUCGUGACAUUCACCUGAAAACGAGUUUUAGUUCUUAAUAUGCUGAAAAUUUACAUUUAAAUUGAGUGAACAGUUGAAGAGAUAUUAUAACAUUACAACAAAAAC